AUGUUCCCAAAAGUCAUCGUCUUUGCCGUUAAGGGAUUCUCAAGUAGAUCGCUCCUUAAUGAUCUCAUAAUAGAAGAGAGUUGCCCCUAUUACACAGCACACAAGCAAUUCUGGGCAAAUUCUAUUCAUAUUUACUCCUUGGAUUCUAUCUCAUCCUCUAUAAUUGACCAAUCCAGUAUGACACCUAUUGUAGCAUUAAGCUAUUUCUUAUGCAGUCAACAAAAAAGCAUCAUGGCUUUGGAUGAGAAUGAGGAUGAGGAACUUAGAAAGAUUUACAAAAUUGCCUACCGCUCUUUUCUGCAAUAUACCACGAUCGAAAAUAGUUUGAUUGAUUUGGCAAAUGAUGUUCUUGAAAAGACAAAUAAGCAAUUCGAAAAAAUUAUGAAAUGUGCACAAGAAAAUUCAGAAAGCUCAAUAAGAAAAAUAAGAGCAUACGCCAAAAAUGGAGUGGAGUUCACAGAGAAGCGUCAAAAGCUUUUUUUCGAAAAGGAACAAGACACUACUGUGACUCCAAUUGAAACCAUUGAGAGCGCUGACUUGUUUUUUUAUUAUGUUCUCUUAUUGAUAUGCUGCUGUUGUAUCAUUAUUGUGCUUUAUAUAUUAGUCAGCAAUGGUUCCUUUAAGAAGGUUUUGAUGCUCAGAAUACUCACAAUAAUUUUUAAGUUUAUUAGCGAACUCCUCGACAUUUUGGAUAAUAUGGAUGAUAUGAACGAUAUGCAAGGCUUUUAUCUCGCCAUGAAUAAUCGCCCCGCUCUGUUUACAAAAUAA